GAGAGUAGCAGAGGAUCUCAGUUUGUUCCUUUGAGGAAACUGAGUGGAUCUAGUUUUCUAUUGGAACUCCAAACUGCCUGUUUUUCCCGUAUUAUAAACUUAGCGACCCAUGACCUCUUAGGGUGUUGAUGUAAUUUGGAAAUACGUCGACCCGCGGUAAAUAGAACUGGUUUCUUAUUACUGAUCUAAGCGAAGAUUAUGUUGCUUCUUCUGCUGUAAGGUACGCCUCAAGAGUGCAACAAUUGUAGAAUCCAACSAACUAACAAGUGUGAAUUUGUUGGACUUGAAACUACCCGGUUGUGGCGUUGUAUCGAUAUUGUGAAUCCUCCGACGGGUCGGCUGUGAUAAGAGCUUGAAUUACACUAGUUUCAUUGGUUAUUUGGCUUGACACGAAGCUCAACGACAGAUACGCUCUUGUAACAAGGUGCUCGGGAAAGAGGAGCCAUGCUGUACAGCCUUUGGGCCGUUGUGUGGGUUACUUUGCUCUUUUGUUCAUCGGUUGAGGGGCUAAAGACAAAAGGAUGCGGUAAUCCUGGUAAACCAAAACGAGGCUAUAGAAUUGGCGAUGAUUUCAGCACAGGUGCAACGGUCGAGUAUUUUUGUAACUCGGGUCUAAGAAUGGUGUCAGGGUCGCGUCUGCGAAGUUGUGAUGAACAUGGUAAAUGGAGUGGGACGUUACCACGGUGUCGAGACAUAAAUGAGUGCGUUGAAUAUGACUACCAACCACCCAAACUCGCUAGAGCUCGGUCCCAGUUUAUCCCAGACGAAGCACGCUUAUGCCAUCCACAUGCCACGUGCUUCAAUUCCAUUGGCUCGUUCCAGUGCAAGUGCAAUGCUGGUUACCGUGGAGACGGCAGGGAAUGCUAUCCCRAGGAACUUUAUGGCWCCAGAGAAAUUUUUAUCAAAAGUAAAAUCCGCCUCAACAAAAAUGCAUGCGGAACAGUUAUUUCAAGAAACACAUCCAGAAUACGACGAAUUGUUGGUGGGUCACUGUCUAAUCAUGGUGCCUGGCCAUGGCAAGCUGCCAUUUACUACAAGAUUAAAGGUAAAACGUUUUUAUUUAACGGAGUGCUAAUAAAACCWGGAUGGGUUCUCACAAUAGCCAACGUCCUGCGAAGAGGCGGAAGAUCAAUUAAGCCCAAAAAACUCCGCGUGGUUUUAGGAGACCUUAACACAGGGAAAAAAGAUGGCUCUGAGAUAACAUUGAAAGUCAAACGAAUCAUUGUACAYGAGCAGUAUAGCCGACAUAACUUCUCAAACAACRUAGCGUUACUGCAGCUUGCAAGACCUGUAAAAAUCAAUAACUUCAUAAGAACGGUGUGUAUCCCAAGAAAGAAGAAAGAUUUACGACUAGAGAGACCUCCCAACUACGGCACAGUAACAGGAUGGGGUACGACAAGAAAGAUAAGUCUCGGUGAACUCCCUGGUCCAUACUCGACAAAACUACGSGAAGUGACUGUUCCUAUCGUUCCCACAAGGGAGUGCCAACGCGCUUCCAUUUACGAUUAYGAUUCAUCGCUUAAUUUCUGUGCAGGUUUCAAACGAAUACCUAAAAGUCCUUGYAUGGGAGACAUUGGAAGCCCUCUAGUCAUGCAAAAYCCCCGAACYGGGAGRUGGCUUGUUGUYGGACUCUUUGGGUGGAGCGAAGGGUGUGGCCAGCCCAGAAAAUAUUCAUACUUUACGAGAGUUUCAAAAUACAAACGUUGGAUAAUUUCAGUGAUUCGAAAGCGACAUUGAAUCAAAUGAAAUGAGACUAUACAUGCGUACGAUUUUCUGCAUGAAGGGGGUUGUCGGCCACGACAAGGAAACACUAUAAAACUACCAUAAAAGAUGGAUUUUCCUGCUAUAUCCUCCAAUUCUCUGUAUUUCACGACUUGGGAAAUAUAUAGCUUUACAAACAUCAGAACAGCAUUUUGCUUGUAUUUGACAUGGUUAAUCUGAACCUGGAAUUCCAUCGUAUUUUACUCAUUCUUAGAAAUAUCAUGCGAGAAACAAGGAAGGAGUGUCGAAGGUGGCGUGACGUGCACGAUGAACGGGAGUCAGUCCUGCUAAAAUUUCAAAACAGAUUUGAACAAUUUAUGGCUGGACCAAUUAAGAAAACGAUGGUGAUUAUAUCAAUUACGUAAAAGUGAUCACAAUUAUACGAUAACACACYUGCUGAUCCGCUUGAAUAAGAGCGCAGUUGUAUGAAACAGUUAAACUUUGUGGUGCGACUACCGCUGAUCUAUAAUGACUAUGGGCGCGCCUUCAUGAUAAUUAAUUUUGAACUAACAUUCAAACUGAUGAGAUGGAAUCGUUUAUCACUAUUGUACGCAUUUGAUUUAAGAUAGAUAUUUAAAAACCGUAUUUCGUAUGUUGUAAAGCAAAAACGUGUGAAAAGUGCGCCCGCUGUCAAUGGUAACAGUGAUAUGUUAGAGCGGAUUUCGUAUGAGUGGGAAACGGACGGUACUGUACUGUGACCGUAAUCGUACUGUAAUCAAAUUCUAGUGCCCCAUUGGUUCACCAAAAUUGUGAAGGCCAGGUCCGGUAACUGUUCAGUAACCGCCGUGCGGUAACGGGUGUCCCACUCAUACGAAAUCCGCUCUAUCUAGACAUGAAUUUUGUAACAUGCUUCCCACGAGUCUGUGCUAUGCAGCUUUGAACUAAAUGUGCACCAGCCAAUGCAAAAGCAGUAGCUUCAUUUUAGAAAGGAAAAAAAUCGGCGUUCAGUCAUUUGUAGCGGUUUAUGGACAUUCAUUGUGCCCUAGAAACAAUCUCAAGUUCGCCUAUGCUUGGAUUUUUGGGAAGUAUAUCACCAGAGAGGUUUAAACACAGUGGAGCUUCCAUCUAGAGGCUGCUAGAGUAGAUCUGGGUACGAUAAUGAUACUAAACUAUACGUUCAGACCUGUACAUGGUCAUUACUGCUUUUUCUUGUUCUUUAUUCCCUUGAUGCAAUUAACGACAGUUGGCAAAAUCCUCCCCAUCAAACAUUUCGCUGCAAAAUAAGAAGGCACUGGGAACGAGUCUGGCAUGACGACAUUGAAAGAAAAGCUAAUUGUAUAGGACUUUUUGUGUGAUUUGAGAUUUUUCUCAGCUAAACUGUUCAUUGUUAACCCGAUGCCUUUCCAAUUCAGGCACUUGUCAUCAUAAUAUCAAAACAGUUCACAUCGAAUGGAUAGUUUGAAGCUCCACUGUUGGUUUAGAGUUGCAACGUCCAUUGUUUAAGUAGAUGUUGUUUUAAAUAUUAUUCCGUUCGUUAUUCAUGUUGUUUACAUCUCUGCAUGACGAUCAUCGUACAUCGAUUGACAAGAAAAGAACAAUACUUUGACUUGUGUAUCUUAAGCACACAUGAAAAUUCUAAUCAAAUCUGUUAAAUGAACAUGACUAUAUACCCAUA